AUGUAUACAAUUUUGGAUAACAUUCAAGAAGAACUCAAUAAUCGUUUUGAUGAAGUAAAUAUGAGGUUGCUUCAAUGUAUGACAUCUCUUGAUCCAAGUAACUCUUUUGUUGCAUUUAACAAAGAUAGAUUACUUGAAUUUGCAAAGUUCUAUCUUGCUGAUUUUCCUCAACACGAUAUUUGGUUGCUCGAUGAUCAACUUGAAAACUAUUAUGAGGAUGUUAGCACUAAUGCCAAUUUCGCUCAUGUCAAAGGGAUUGCUGACCUUGCUAAAAAAAUGGUUAAGUUUAAGAAGGAUGUUGCUUACAACAAAGUUUUCUUGCUUAUUAAAUUAGCAUUGGUUUUGCCUGUGGCUACUGUAAUAGUUGAAAGGGUGUUCUCUGCAAUGAAUUUUGUGAAGAAUAAAUAUAUCAAAGCAGAAAAUCGUGUUCAAUUGAAGAUCUUCAGAGGAUGUGUGGAUCUUUAA